UCCGCUCCCGCCGCCGCCGCUCCGCCCCGCUCCGCUCCCCGCGGGAGGCUGCGCGGGUCGGGCGCGGAGCCGUCCCGCACCGGCCAUGGCUUAGCGGGCGGCCGGGGCAGAAGAUGAGUUUCCCCGCGGAGGACGGCGUGGGCAGCCUCUGCCACAAAGCGCUGCAGAUCAUCUCGGAGCUGUGCCUGGGCGGGCAGGUGGAGCGGGAGAAGUGCGCUGGGAUCUUCCCCCUGGAGACCGCCCGCCAGGGCAUCGGCGGCACAGACAUCUCAGUCAGUCUGUUAGCAGUAGUCGUCAGCUUCUGCGGGCUCGCGUUGCUGGUGGUCUCGCUUUUUGUCUUUUGGAAGUUGUGUUGGCCCUGCUGGAGAAGCAAACCUCUCACUUCCAGUGCCAAUAAUGUCCCUCAGAGCAACUCCAGUGCUCCUACGGAGGUUUUUGAGACCACUGAGAAAAAGGAAGUUAAAGAAAAUGGGAAACCUACUACAAAGGUACUUGAAGCUGCAUUGAAAAUUAGCCACACUUCACCUGAUAUACCAGCAGAGGUCCAGAAUGCACUGAAAGAGCAUCUGAUCAGACAUGCACGCAUGCAGAGGCAGAUCACUGAGCCCACAUCAUCAUCAAGGCACAAUUCUUUCAGGAGGCACUUGCCAAGGCAGAUGCAAGUGUCCAGUGUUGAUUUUAACAUGGGGACAGAUCCAGUUUUGCAAAGGGGAGAGACGACAACCAGCAUUGGGAGAAUAAAACCGGAACUCUACAAACAGAAGUCUGUGGAUUCUGAUGGGCAACAAGAAGAUGUGAAAACAUGUGGAAAACUUAACUUCACUCUCCGGUAUGAUUAUGAGAAUGAACUUCUGGCUGUCACAAUUGUCAAAGCCUUAGAUCUGCCUGCUAAAGACUUCACAGGAACAUCCGACCCCUACGUUAAGAUUUAUCUGCUUCCAGAUAGGAAAAAGAAGUUUCAGACACGAGUUCACAGAAAGACAUUAAAUCCUGUCUUUGAUGAAACCUUUCAGUUUCCUGUAGCCUAUGAUCAACUCAGCAACAGGAAAUUGCAUUUCAGUGUUUAUGAUUUUGACAGAUUUUCUAGACAUGACAUGAUUGGGGAAGUUAUUCUUGAUAACCUUUUUGAAGUCUCAGAUCUCUCCAGGGAAGCCAAUGUAUGGAAAGACAUCCACUGUGCCACCACAGAAAGCAUAGAUUUGGGUGAGAUCAUGUUUUCCCUCUGUUAUUUGCCUACUGCUGGGAGAAUGACAUUUACAGUCAUCAAAUGUAGGAAUCUCAAAGCAAUGGAUAUAACUGGCGCAUCAGAUCCAUAUGUCAAAGUGUCACUGAUGUGUGAGGGUCGAAGACUGAAAAAGCGGAAAACAACCACAAAGAAGAACACACUCAAUCCCGUUUAUAACGAGGCCAUCAUCUUUGAUAUCCCUCCAGAGAAUGUGGACCAGGUCAGCCUCUCCAUUGCAGUGAUGGAUUAUGAUCGAGUAGGGCACAAUGAGGUCAUUGGGGUGUGCCGGACAGGAAUUGAUGCUGAAGGGCUUGGAAGAGAUCAUUGGAAUGAAAUGUUGGCUUACCCACGUAAACCAAUAACUCACUGGCAUCCUCUAGUAGAGUUACCUGGCCGAGCAACCAGUUUUGAUAGCCAGGGAUCUUGUUCAUCACCAAAACCACCGCUUACGCCCUAGGGACCAAGAGUGGAUUCAUCGUGUUCAGUGUCCAAAGCUCCUUUGUAGCUCACAUCUAGAUAAAUAGAAGGUUUGGCUUCCGCAGAUGAACUGUAUCCAUAUUUUUUUAUUAAAAUACAUUUUUCCUAUUCUACGUCUUAUAUUACAAUUUAUAAUAAUUUCUUAAUAUAUGAAUGAAGUUGACUUGAGCCAAGUAUAACCCUUCCUCAUACAAAUUCAUUCACCUGUUUUCUCUCUGGCAUAUAUCCAGUGUCAUAUCCAAGCAGUGUUUUGAUAUGACCUAUACCUUUGCAUAGACAAAGAAAUGAAAAAAAAAUCUCCCUUAAGCAAUUCAAAACCACUGCAGCUUGUAAUGCCUAAUUCUUCUGAGGGAGAGCAACAAGUCAUAUAUGGCUCUUGAAGUAAAUUUAUUCUAAAUUGCACUAAAUCCUGUUUGACUUCUCAAGGUUAACACUUCAAACUGAAUGUUGCAUGAAAAAUCAACUGUUGUCACAUUUUGAGUGUUUGGAAAGUCAGUUCAUUCAUUGGGCAGGGAGGAAGGGCUGAUCAAAAGCCCACUGAAGCCGGUGAGAAGGACCCUAGUGGCUUCACUGGGUUUUAGUUUAGCCUUUAUGGAACAGGAUUCACAACUGGAUCUAUGCAGUUAUAAUCUUCCAGCAAUCAAGACACCUGCUGCACCUACAGGAACUCGUUAGCCCGUCCAGCAAAACAACGAGGCGCACUCACCCAGGCAGGUGGCUGUUCUCAGCGGCUGUUUUUCUUCAGCUACCCACCGGCUGAUGAAGAGCUAGCUCGGAUGUCUCUGCAUGGCGCUGAACAGCGCAUGUACGGAUAUCAUUGUGGAAAGCAAACAUGUCUGCUGCGAGCUGUGUGGAAAUUGUCGUCGCUCAACAGAGAUGUAGGUGUCUCCUGACAAGGUGGAUCCAGGCCCUUUGAAAUAGUCCAUUUGCUGCUGGCAUCAUGCGGUCCUUAUUCGGUCUUUAUACAGGUCAAACCGUAGGUGAGAGAAUUCUCUGAAGUAAAGGAAUUUAUUUAAUGUGUUUUAGCUGUUCAAAAAAUUGACCAAAAGCUGCAGUUACACAGCACAUUUUUCUGAUCCUUGAUUUAGUGUGACAAUAUUAAAUUUCUUUGAAGUUAUUUUGACGGAGUGAAUAGCUCACGUGGAAUAGUUUCUGGUCCCUGGCUGGAUGCCUCUAGAAUUAUAUGCCAAAUGUGAAUUUGAGAUACGUUUUGUGUCAAUAUAUGGAGACAGAAAUUGAAAUGUAACAAUUUUAUAAACGAGUAAACUCAUUUGUUAGAAAACACAGUGACAGCAAAUGCAGAAAGGUAUUGGCUACAGUGAGCUGUUUUAAAAACUGGAAGAGCGCCGCAUAUUAUUUUGUGGAUUUAGCUCUUUUAGCUCUGCAGUUUACCUCAAUCAGACAGUUAUUUUAUUUUUUUCUUUUUUUUCUGUUUUUUUUUUUUUCCUUUCUGCGAAGAGCUUGGCAAAGACUGCAUGAUUGGACCUAAGAUUUUGAAAACUGAACUGCAAGAAAAAAGUUGGGGUGGUGGCUCUUCUUGGAUCUUUGUAAUGUAAAAAGAAAACUAGGAUAGUAUUUUCUAAAACAGUGUUUUUACAGAAGAGUGUCAUACACGAGAAAAAUGCCAGUGGAAGUUUGUUUUAUGAUAAUGGAAGAAUUUGUGAGAAUUAAUCUAGUUGUGAAGGGAAAAGACAGUUGAGAGAGACUUCUGAAGAACCGUUUUGGUUUGAUUAGUUUGGCCUGGUUGAUGCAGGUGACACAGAAUAUAUUUAUGAAGAUCCAUUCUGCUAACUAAUCUCUAAGACAGUCAAAUACGCCUUGAAGUGUCUUAACUGCUCCAGGAAAGUUAGGAAGGCUGAUCUUAACAUUACAGGUGUUUUUAAGGCAAAAAAAGGAGGCAGGUUUAAUUCCUUGCCUUCUGUGCCUACGAACACAGCAAGCAAGCAAGCAAACAAAUAAAUAAAGCUUUCAGACAUUCUUUACAAAUUAAAAAAAAAAAAAAAGAAAGAAAAAGGCUCCAGCCCUUCCAGCCCAAGGUUUUGAAUGUCUGUUCCAGGUUGCUAUUCACGUCCUCUAGACAGAAAUAGUUUUUCCCAGAGAGGGUUGGUAAUGCUGAACACUGAUCCUCCCUGCUCAAGAUUGUAUUUUCAUCACCAUAAACACAGAGCAGCCUUGCAGAAUUUCAUUCCUCUGUUUGCUCUGGCUGAGUAAUUUUUUCAAUAGGAGAACAAGCUCUCCUUUGUGGUUUUUUUUUCUUCCCAUCAUCGUUAUCAUUAUGAGAUUUUGUGGCCUAGAUAAUUUUCAUCAUGAUUUUGCAAUCUUGAUAUAGAAACAGAUAUAUAUAUAUGUGGAGAUUGAAAAACUAUUUUGUGUAUACAUUUAUCUUAAUAUAAAUUAUAUCAGCAGUGGCCUUUGUGGCCUAGAAAAUACUUUUUGUAAUGUGGUACUGUAACAGUUAACUGAAUAUUCUUUGCACUUUUUUGCACCUAAUAUCCAAAAAGCUAACAAUUUCACGAUCAAAUGUAGCAUAAGUGUUCAGCAAUGAGCAACAUCUUUUUAACUAUUUCAUUGUUCUCGAUGAGUAUCCUGUAUGUUUCAUCAUAAGUAGUAAGGUAUUUCAGUAUUCACGUUCUUAAAUUUAAAUUGUUGUCAAACACCAAAGGAAUAAUAGCUCAGUUUGUGCCCUCUUGUUGUGUUAUUUUUGAUAUUGUUAAUAACAAUAGUGAAUGACUUUUGUGUCUAAACUUGAUUUAUGGGUGCUCUGCAUCUAGGAAAAAUCAGGCUGCAAAAUUAUGAGAACAUCUAACUUCAAAAAUGAUCACCUAAUUAAUUCUUUUUAGUCCCUUAUCAGUGAUUAAUAGAACUAAUGCAAAAGAUUUUUAUUUUUUUUUCCACCGCUUGCUUAGCUGUCUCACAAGACAGAGUAUAUAUUUGGUAUAACCAAGCCAUCACCUUUAGAGCCUGGUUAACAAGUUAAUCACUGAACGUACUCACAGAAGCCCUGAGUAAAAAAUUAGUACAGUUUUAGUCAGUGAAUAUGUUGCAUUAUGUAUCUUUUUAUUAAGAAAUUUAAAAUAUUUUAAUUUGGAGAAGUUGUAAACUCCCGGCUUCCAUCCUGAAUGGUUGUUUGUUAUUUAUCCGCAUUUCUGCCAUAUCGCAAACAUUAGCCUAAUUUGAGCAAAAUCAAAUCUGGCAAAUGGUUGGUGUAAAAUAUAUUGUAGUAAUUUUACAACAGUUUGAAAGACUCAAAUUCCUUAAAAGCCUGAGUUAUUUUUAUUGAAAUGAUUUACUGGAAACAGUAACGGUACUUAAUAAGAAUUGUAUUUUGCACUGCAGAGCUUUUUUAUACUUUCACAACAGUAAACCACAGAACUGUACAGAGAAAGUACAUGAUGGAUUAAGUGGUUCCAGGGGAGCUGUUAAAUUUUGAUAUUUAUUUUCAAUAAUGCACUGUAAAGUGAAAAAGCCCACGUACAAAUGUAUCUAAUGAGCCAUUCUAGUCUUUUGGGUAAAUAUUGAUUGCAAGCAAUUGUUUCCCUUCCCCACAUUAAAUAAGUUUUCAGGGACUAUUAGAUUUGCUCUAAGCAACCAUAAAAUUCUUAUUAGGUCUAUGCAAAAUGUUAAGUAGGACCCUAAACCACCGGUAGAUUUAGGAUUCUAGUGGCACUGCAGACAGCAGCAGAGGCGACCAGAUGCUCAAUAAGAUGUAAGUCACGUGUUGCACCCCAUGACCUCAACUUUAGCUCACUGUAUUGUGUACUUUUGCUGAUAUGGCCCUUCCCCUCUCUCUACCAGCAAGUAACCAUCUCUUUCCCCACCUACUUUUGUCUAUAUUGGGCUUCUCUUCAAGCAGUAGAGUCCUGACCCUUACUUUUAUCUGCCCUGCUGAAAGAUGACUCCUGGCCUUAAAAAGUAGUAAUAUGAAACCUGUGGGAUCUUUAUCAAAAUGUUUAGGAUAGCUACAUCUCUCAUUUUCAUUCUAUAAAGAGCUGUCAAGGAAGAAACUUCCCUUCUCUGCAGUCCCUUAUGAUCAGCAGACAUUCAGAAAUCAGUAAUACUGUCUGGCUUUUUCCUCUAGCAAGCACCAGAAGAGCAAUAUACAUAUCUCAGGGAUAUGUAUAUUGGUCAGGGACAGAGAAAAUGGCCAGAACCAAUAACAUAAAACAAAACUUAGUAUAUCAGAACAAAAGUUCCCCUGCAAUCUUUCUUCUUCAAUAUAUAGAAUGGUUUUGAAUUCUUAUUUUUAAGUAACAAAACGAUACAUUUUUCUUAAAGAAUCACAACCACAUUCAAUAUUUUUGAAGAAAAUUUUGAGUAAACAUGAAAUGUUUUCAUUGGGUUGAUUUUUUCCAAGGGAAAAAAGGCAAUUAUUUCCUAAUUUCUUUCUAUGGAUGCAUUUUUGGAGCAAUAUUAAGAAAACUUUAAGUUUCAAAAGAGAUUUAUUUGAUCCAUCCAUUUCUCCUCUUUCUCAGUUUUUUAAAUUGGUUUCAAUGU